AGUACCAUGGCCACCCAGGUGAUGGGGCAGGCGUCCGGAGGAGCAGGGCUGUUCCCCAGCAGCGGCAACAUGGGCAUGGCCCUGCCCAACGACAUGUACGACCUGCACGACCUCUCCAAAGCUGAGCUGGCGGCGCCUCAGCUCAUCAUGUUGGCCAACGUGGCCCUCACUGGGGAAGUGAGCGGCAGCUGCUGUGAUUACCUGGUCGGUGAGGAGAGGCAGAUGGCCGAGCUGAUGCCCGUUGGGGAUAACAACUUCUCAGACAGCGAUGGCGAAGGGCUGGAGGAACCUUCCGGAAUAAAAGGUGAGCCUAACGGGCUCGAGAGCAUGGAACUGGGGAAUCUGGAGCUCAGUGUUGUAGAACCGCAGCCUGUGUUUGAGGCGCCAGCUGCCCCUGAGAUUUACAACUCAAAUAAAGAGCUUCCUCCCGAAGCACCUGGAGCAGAGGACAAGUGCAAGAGCCUGAAGACCAAACCCUUCCGCUGUAAGCCAUGCCAGUACGAAGCAGAAUCUGAAGAGCAGUUCGUGCAUCACAUCAGAGUCCACAGUGCCAAGAAGUUUUUUGUGGAAGAAAGUGCAGAGAAGCAGGCCAAAGCCAGGGAGUCCGGCUCUUCUGCUGCCGAAGAGGGAGAUCUCUCGAAGGGCCCCAUCCGCUGUGAUCGCUGUGGCUACAACACCAACCGGUACGAUCACUACACGGCGCACCUGAAGCACCACACCAGAGCAGGGGACAGCGAGCGCGUGUACAAGUGCAUCAUCUGCACGUACACCACGGUCAGCGAGUACCACUGGAGGAAGCACCUGCGCAACCACUUCCCGAGGAAGGUGUACACGUGCGGCAAGUGCAACUACUUCUCCGACAGGAAGAAUAACUACGUCCAGCACGUGCGCACACACACAGGAGAGCGCCCAUAUAAAUGUGAGCUGUGUCCUUACUCAAGUUCUCAGAAGACUCACCUAACUAGACAUAUGCGCACGCAUUCAGGUGAGAAGCCGUUUAAAUGUGAUCAGUGCAGCUAUGUGGCCUCUAAUCAGCACGAAGUAACCCGCCAUGCAAGACAGGUGCACAAUGGUCCGAAGCCUCUUAACUGCCCUCACUGUGACUACAAAACAGCAGAUAGAAGCAAUUUCAAAAAGCACGUUGAGCUCCAUGUUAACCCACGGCAGUUCAAUUGCCCUGUGUGCGACUAUGCCGCUUCUAAGAAGUGUAAUCUCCAGUAUCAUUUCAAAUCCAAGCACCCUACUUGUCCUAGUAAAACAAUGGAUGUCUCAAAAGUGAAACUUAAGAAAACCAAAAAGCGAGAGGCUGACUUGCCUGAUAACAGUGUUACUAAUGAAAAAACAGAACAGACAAAAACAAAGGGGGAUAUGGCUGGGAAGAAAAAUGAGAAAUCGAUAAAAGUAGAGAAAAAAGAUGUUUCAAAAGAGAAGAAGCCUUGUAGCAACGUCCCGGCGAGCCAGGUGACGACCAGAACUCGCAAAUCAGCCGCGGAGACAAGAGAGGCGGGCGUGCACCCAGGGGCUGGUUCAGAGAAGCCCUGUAAAAGCAAGAGCAGCAAACGCAAGCUGGAAGCGGAAGUCCAGGCCCCGCGCGCCCCUGCGGACGAGGAGGGACCGGCAGCGAAAAAGAGGAAGAAGGCGGAGAGCAAAUCGAGAAGUCAGGAGGUGCCGAAGGGCGACGGCCAAGGAGGGGAGAGUAAGGAGGAAAGUAGAAAGCACGGUGCCGGGCUGAGGAAGAGUACAAAGAAGAAGGCGCUGAAGACUAAGUCAAGCCGGAGAAGCGCCAAGGCGCCUCAGAAGGAGCCGGCUGCGGGGGAGGCUGCGCCCCGGGGCCCUGCGCGCGCGCCCCCGGC